AUGGACGAAUUCACCACGGUCAAAAAUCCAAAGGGGAAAUCGGAUAUUUGGAGGCAUUUUGGGCUCCAAAAGUCUAAAAUAACACAGAAAUUAAUUGAUAAUACAGCCGUAUGUAUGAAGUGUGAUAUGGUCAUAAAAUGUUCAGGAGGUGGGACGUCCAAUUUAUCAGCUCACAUUCGCCGACAUCAUCCGUCAUUAUUGUCGUCUGCUAAAUCAUUAAAAUCAAGUUCAAAAACUACCACCGCUGAUGUUCAUGUGGACCAGAAACAAAGUGAGACUGUUUCUUUACCUACAAUACCAAAGCUAUUUGCGUCAAAGUAUGCCAGUAGUUCAGAUCGAUCUAAACUAAUAACAAAUAAAAUUGCAAGAUUUUUGGUGAAAGAUCUCCGUCCAUACAGUAUGGUAGAAAGUCCCGAGUUUAAAGACUUGAUCAGUUGCCUUGACCCAAGAUAUACUGUCCCAGGCAGGAAAGUGUUUUCAGAAAGAAUCAUACCCGAGAUGUAUGAAUCUGCCAAGGAAAAUGUGAAACUUAAUCUGAAGAAUGCAGAACAGGUUUCACUGACGACUGAUGGAUGGACGUCCUGUGCUACUGAAUCAUAUAUGACAGUUACAUCAAGCCAUAUCACUGAUAGUUGGGAGUUGAAGAACUUUGUGUUGCAGACCAGGGCACUCCCAGAGAGUCAUACAGCAGUGCAUGUUACAGCAGUAUUAAAUGCAGCAGUUGAGGAAUGGGCUCUACCAACAGGGCAUGGUAAGCCGACUCUAGUAACCGAUAAUGCAAGUAACAUGGUGAAAGCUGGAGAGUUGUUUGGUUCACUUCACCUUGGAUGUUAUGCUCACACAUUGAACAUAGCUGUGCAGAAAUGCUUAUCAGUAAAGAGAGCUAGUCACCUGCUUGCCAAGAUCCGUCGAAUAGUGGCUUUUUUUCACAGAAGCAACAUUGCAAAUAAUAUCCUUCAAGUAAAGGCUGAGGCUCUAGGUCUUCCGCAGCAUAAAUUGAUCAUUGAUGUUAGCACAAGGUGGAACAGUGCAUAUGAUAUGGUGUCUAGAUUUCUCGAGAUGCAGGUGGCUGUGUGA